GGAAGCCGCAAAGUACUUGGAGGACUGCUCAGUGCCUGCAGCUGAGCUGGUCAAGUCCGGCCCCGGAGCGGUUGGAAGCGAGGACUGCGGAGGAACCGCCUCCACCCGCCGUGUGGGUCGCGCUAGCCCACAGGCUCCCGGCCGCCGCGCCAGGGCUCAGGACUCAGGGCGCGGCCGCUCUCUGUGGGUCGUCCGCGCGGUCCCGCGCAGGGUCACCAUGCUGCUGCCCCAGCUCUGCUGGCUGCCGCUGCUCGCGGGGCUGCUGCCGCCCGCGCCCGCGCAGAAGUUCUCAGCACUCACGUUUUUGAGAGUCGAUCAAGAUAAAGACAGAGACUGCAGCCUGGACUGUGCGGGCUCUGCUCAGAAACCCCUCUGUGCGUCGGAUGGACGGACCUUCUUAUCCCGCUGUGAGUUCCAGCGUGCCAAAUGCAAAGACCCUCAGCUGGAAAUUGCUUACCGGGGAAACUGCAAAGAUGUCUCCAGGUGUGUGGCUGAAAGGAAGUACACCCAGGAGCAAGCCCGGAAGGAGUUCCAGCAGGUGUUCAUCCCCGAGUGCAACGAUGACGGCACCUACAGUCAGGUCCAGUGCCACAGCUACACGGGGUACUGUUGGUGCGUCACGCCCAACGGAAGGCCUAUCAGCGGCACCGCUGUUGCCCACAAGACGCCCAGGUGCCCGGGUUCUGUAAAUGAAAAGUUACCUCCACGGGAAGGCACAGGAAAAACAGUCUCCUUGCAAAUCUUUUCCGUUCUGAAUUCAGAUGAUGCCGCCGCUCCGGCGCUGGAGACACAGCCUCAAGGAGAUGAGGAAGAUAUUGCGUCACGUUAUCCCACCCUCUGGACCGAGCAAGUCAAAAGCCGACAGAACAAGACCAAUAAAAACUCAGUGUCCUCCUGUGACCAGGAGCACCAGUCCGCCCUGGAGGAAGCCAGGCAGCCCAAGAAUGACAACGUGGUGAUCCCCGAGUGUGCCCAUGGGGGCCUCUACAAGCCGGUUCAGUGCCACCCAUCCACGGGGUACUGCUGGUGUGUGCUGGUGGACACAGGGCGUCCCAUUCCUGGCACAUCCACCAGGUAUGAGCAGCCCAAGUGUGACGACAGAGCCCGGGCACACCCCGCCAGGGCCCGGGACCUGUUCAAGGGCCGGCAGCUGCAGGGUUGUCCUGGUGCCAAAAAGCAUGAAUUUUUGACAAGCGUCUUGGAUGCACUGUCCACAGACAUGGUCCAUGCUGUCUCUGACCCCUCGUCCCCAUCGGGCAGACUCUCAGAACCAGACCCCAGCCACACCCUGGAGGAGCGGGUGGUGCACUGGUACUUCAAGCUGCUCGAUAAAAACUCCAGCGGGGACAUUGGCAAGAAGGAAAUCAAACCCUUCAAGAGAUUCCUUCGGAAAAAAUCCAAGCCCAAAAAGUGUGUGAAGAAGUUCGUGGAGUACUGUGACGUGAAUAACAACAAGGCCAUCUCUGUGCAGGAGCUGACGGGCUGCCUGGGCGCCACCAAGGAGGAGGGCAAAGCCAGCACGCGGAAGCGCCACACCCCCAGAGGCAGCGCCGAGGGCUCCGCUCCAAGGCAGCCGAGGAAGCAAGGAUGAGCAGCUGGCCCUUCCAUGGCGGUUUCUAGACAUGUGGGAACCUCCCUCACCAAAGAGCGACUUAAAACAAGCCCAUAGUAUUUGCACUUUGUACUUUACCUGUAAAUCCACUUGGUAGAAACGAGAUGUUUAAACGGACUAUUUGGAUCUGAGUGUGGAAGGCUGGCUUCAGACGAGUCCUCACAUACAAUGUAUGUGGCCUCCGUCCACCGUGGGAACCGCGCCUGGCGGACAGGAGUUUGGAAAGCACGGAGCUUCUCGGCUCUGCCCGGGGCAGCUGCUGGCAGCCUCCUCCAGGCCCUCUGCAGCCCUGCCUCGGGCUGCCUGCGCUCUCCCAGUCACUGAAUGGAGUUCCUAGGUCCUGCCCUGACUGUGCUCCGACUGCUGCUCCUUGGGAUUCCGUGCUGGUCUAUGCAUUUCGCUCUCCCGAGGUCUCUCGUCCCCAUGAGCCAGGUCCCCAGGAAGGACUGGGUCCCCAGGAAGGAUGGCAGGGGCUGGGGGAGAGCUAUCAAACUUCCUCACCUCCACUUUCAAGCUUCUGUUGCAGUUUGCUUCAGGUUCAGAUAAGUCCAGGCAGGCGCCCUAGAGGGGCCCUUCCUUCAGAGAGGGGACCCAGGCUGUGAUGGCCGCUCCUGCCAGCCUGCUUCUCUGGGCCCCCGGGGUCCCCUGGAAGACAACGCCCUCCCUGAACAAAUGGCCCACAUUCUCCCCCAGGGGGCGUGGCGGCAGAGGUGUGGGCAGGGUGUGGACUGGGCCUCAGGAAAGGCUGCGAUUCCUGCUCCGCACACUGCUGAGGCCUCAGGGCAGGGGCCUUGCCAGCAAAGUCCACCUGAGGGUGUGGCACAAGAGGGUCAGCAACUGAGUGCCCAUUGUGAGCAGCAGAGUUGGCUCUCAUGGCCACUGCCACCCUGGACCUGGCCCUAAGCCAGAGGUGUGAGGCCAGCCAGCUCAGACUUCUGUAGGAGGGCCUUGUGGCCUGGUCCCCCGCACGUGUCCCGUGCAGUCAUGACCCUGAGGGUGUGUGGAGAGGCGUCACGAGGACCGUGCUUGUUGUGCAAAGGCAAAGAACAGGCCGGGAGUCCCAGGCCAGCUCAACGCGCGUCAGCAUCGUCUAGGAAACAGCUGUGAGCCUAGUUGUUUUGGAUACUUGUUUAUAUUGCUGAACUUUGAAAUUAAUCAUUUUUCCUAGAUUAAAAUAAGACGUGAUCAAACUGCA